AGAAUGUUCCCAACUAACACAACUCUAUUCAUUCUGUGGCUGUUACACAGGUGCGCGUUCUUUUCUGUACUGUUCUGUGUUUUUUUCUUUUCAAUACGUUUUGUUGUUCUUCGUUUCGCAUCACUGAGAAACUUAGUUGUAUAUUCUUUUGUGUUUGUCAACGUGGAUUUGGUAAUUUACAAAGUUUUCGUAAAAAUAACCGUGAAACUUGAUAUACUUGUCCGUCGGUGAACUUUCCUAUUUCAAGUUUAAAUAGAUUUUGAUGUGUGAAAGGAACAAGUGAAUUUAGACUGUUUUUUUCUCGUUUCUGGAGUGGUCAGAUUGUCUGUGAUCACAUUAUCUCGAUCUGACAUGUGUUUUGGAUAUUUGAGAAGUACCUGAGGAUAGUGCGAGAAAAAAUUAAGUUAAUCAUUGCCUCGGAUGAUCAGGAAUCGAAAAAAUACUUAAAAAAAGACACAUUACCUAACCAUACCGAAAACAAAAAUGACAUUUCUUGUGAUAUUACAGUGAUAUAUUUAUUAUAGUUAUAAUAUUUAUUAUCUAGUCAAUGUGCAUAGACAUUUUAAGCGGUAUGGGAAUAAAAACAAUGAAGGCUUUCAGCAGGCAAAAAGAUAUUCCCACACAAGUGCCGCCGCUGACGCCUGGCACGAACAAAACUAUGGCAGAGGCGCUGAAAGCGUCUUUUGCUUCAUGGGAAAAAGAACAGAUUAGAUUAAAUAUUACCAAAGAUCCUCGACAGUGGAGUGAGAAUCACGUAGCCCAUUGGUUGCAAUGGGCCGCUAAGGAAUUUUCGUUAGACUGUAUACCCCUUAAUCAAUUCCGAAUGAAAGGUAAAGAUAUUUGCGCUAUGGGCAAAGAUGCGUUUUCGGCUAGAGCUCCGGCUUUCGUAGGCGACAUUUUAUGGGAACACCUAGAGUUACUGCAAAAAGAUGUGGAGAAAGAAAGAGCUUUAAAUAGCCUUUACGAGCCAAUGUGUGUUCCCGAUUUAACGUAUAUUGAUUAUACGCAAGCGCCCACCACCUUACCUCCAACGGGGGAAGAUAGAAAACCAAUUCAAUUGAACCCUCCAACUUCACAAAAUACCUCCACUACGCCAUCUAAUAAUAACUUUUUACACGAAGGAGUUUACGGCCAGUUAAGGAGUCCUGCUUGUCCACCUCCUCAAGAAGAUUUAAGGGAUGAUGGAUCUCCGCCACCGGGUGCCCCGCCUUCAAGUUAUCUCCAACAGUUACAGAGGAGCCCAGGUUAUCAUCAUCUCAAAGAUGGUUAUAAGGGAACGUGUCCGCCCGGUACAGAUUCGUCGGGGGGUAAUUUCGGAACAAUAGACAAUAGCCUGCAAUCGUUAAGCAACGACGAUGGAUCGCACCUUUUCCAAACCCCUCAUUUUUCCCCGGAAGAACACGAAUAUCAAGCGUUGGACAACCACCAGCAACAAUAUUUAGAUAAUUCUCCAGAAUUCUAUGCCAAUCAUAUAUUAGAACAAAAAUAUAAUCCGCACAGUUAUGUUAAGAAUUACGUUAGAGGUGCUGGAACCAGAUUUAACGACGCUUAUCCAGAUACGUACGGUACUCCAUACGAUACAAGUCCCUUCCAAACGGUGCCCAGUGGUGCUAAUAGUGGUCCCGAACAAUGGGGACAUAACCACGAUCUAUCUUUAGGACAUCAUCCUCAUUCGCAUCCGGCUUUUCUCUCAGCGGGAAUGACGAGAGAUCAACUAAAUGCUAUGCAGGAUACCAAACCGAUGAUCCAGAACGGUAUGGUUACAGGAUAUCCUGGUAAUCCUGGUACUGGAGGACCAUGUUUUACUGGAUCCGGACCGAUUCAGUUAUGGCAAUUCCUCUUAGAACUUCUUACCGAUAAGUCUUGUCAGGCGUUCAUCUCUUGGACGGGCGACGGAUGGGAAUUCAAACUUACCGAUCCCGAUGAGGUCGCUAGGCGAUGGGGUAUUCGGAAAAACAAACCGAAAAUGAAUUACGAGAAAUUGUCGCGUGGUUUACGUUAUUAUUAUGAUAAGAACAUCAUACACAAGACUGCCGGUAAACGUUACGUUUAUCGAUUCGUGUGUGAUCUUCAGACGUUGUUAGGGUACACUCCCGAAGAGCUGCACGCUAUGGUGGAUCUCAAACCCGAAAAAAAAGAAGACGACUGAAUCCUUACAUAAUCUAAGAAUUGCAUUCAAAAGUCGAAAACAGCAUUAAUCAAAUGAACGUUAAUGCCUUCCGUAUUGUAUUUAGAUACGACAAUUACGUUAUUUACAAUGUUCCAAAUAUGAGUAUUUUUUUUUUCUAAGAAAAUACGUUUUAUUAGAGCCAUUUAGGGGACGCCACAAAAAAAAUUCCUUUACGAACAAAUACGUGCAAAAUGUCAAUUAUAUGUCGAUAUAUUAUAUAUAUAAAUAUAUUUUUUAAUCCGUGCCAUUGUUUUCAGGAUACUCCAAAUGCUUGCGAAACAUAUUUUUUUAAAAGGAUUUUAAAAACAACGUAUCCUAUUUCUUUUUUGGAUCAGCUUGUGUGAACUAAUGUGGUUGAUCGGGUGUUUUGCAAGCAACUAAUUCUAAAAUUCUUAUUUUCAAAUUUUUAUACAAAUCUUUUUAUAUUAUACACAAAAAGAAAAAUAUUUUUUUAAUAGUAGAAAUAAGUGUGAUAAAAAAAUUGACAACAUAUAUUGUUAUUAUGAAAAUAGUUAAUUUUCCAAUUGGCCAUAAUUACUUCAAGUUAAUUAAUCUUUUGUUAGAAACAUCGUUAUCGGUAUAUUAUGGUCAAUAAUGUCCCGAAUAAUUCUCCUCCCCUACAUGCACAAAUUCAAUGAUAUCAAUCAACAAAUGUGUGAUUUCUAUGAUAAUAAAUUGAACUUAAUUUUUUUUUUCGUUGAAAUAAUGUAUAGUGUCACCUUUUUAGGUGUUUUUUCUUUUUGAAAAUGUCGAGAAGAUGAAACGCCUUGUAAAUAUUAUUACUAUUGUGAUAAGUCUAUUGAAUCAAAGUUUAUAUUGUGAAGAUGAUAAUUUUUUGUGAAAAAUAUAUGUUGGCAGUUCAGAAAUUUAAUGAAUUUCCUUUUUUUUUAAAAUUAUUGACAGUUAUAGAAGCUACGCCUGCGAAUAGAUAUUUAUUCGAAUAAACGAAAAAAAUUUAUGGAAUAUCUUAGUUAAAUUACACUAGUUUUUUAAGUAUCAAAAAAGGAAAAAUGAAAUGAUUUAAUGGGUUUCUGAGUGGUACAAAAAAAGGAAACCUAUUUUUCAUUUUCUUGUACAAAAAUAGUCGAAUUUAUUAUAAUAUCAGAAUUCUGUACCAAUAUAAUAUCUUUUAUUCAUUUAAAGAGAUAAAAGUGCGAUUUUCAUCCCCGUUUUUUGGAAUUGAAGUGAUCAACGAUAAGUAGUAAAGGUGACUGCUACUGACAAAAUCGUAUUUCCUAACUUCUAAAUAUGCUAUAAACAAAAUAUUUCUUAAAUUUGAAAGUUUCAGUUAUAUCAUCUAUGUUUAUUAAGUUGGAGGAUGUGUAACUCUUGGUGAUAUUCAUACUGAAAACACUGUUUACACCACCACUACACCAACACUCACAAUUACACUGUCUAACGCGCGUUCGACAACCAAGUCAUCACCUUCAGAGACUUGAAGAUUAACCAAAACCUAAUAAUUUCACUUACAUGUUUUAUACUGAAUUUUCCCACAAAUAAACCUUCUAUCGCGGAAAUUAAUUACAGCGGGAAAAUUCAGUAUAAAACAUUUAAGUCGUUAUUAAGUUUUGGUUUACCUUCAAGUCUCUGAAGUUGAUAACUUAGUUGUCGAACGCGCCUCCGACAGUGUAAUUGUAGUGUAAACAGUGUGUUCAGUAUCCAUGGUUAUUAAUUUCUUUUAAUAACUGUAGUAGGUGAGAUUUUCCAAAAAAAAGUGUAACUUGUCGCCAUUUUUUGAUUCCUGUCACAUUAAUUCAUAUAUUCUUGUAAAAGGUUUAUUUUGGAAACCUUGAAAAGAAAAAGGAGACUGUUACGAAUGUUCCUACAUAUUUUAUUGGUAUUUUUGUAGAUUAAAUAAAAAUCGCGACAAGAAACUUUCGUUUUUUUUGGAAAAUCGCAUUUUCGUAGGAAAAUAUGAAUGGAAAUCACGAAUUGUGAAUAUUUUCUUUGCCUUUUCAAUAUUACAAUCUCUUCCGGUCUUAAAAGAUAAAUGAUUUACAACUGGGUCUAAUUUUUCUGGUACAUUGUAAGCACAAAAAUGAUUUUACCGAUAAAAUUGCUAAUCACUUCCUCUUAGAUAGUUCUUGAGAGUAAAUUCUUCACUUCAUGUUGGGUGUGAAUAGUGAUAUUCCUAGUUGUUUUAUUAAGUUGUAACGAGUAAUUGUCAUGUCUUUCGAAAAGAAAACACGAAAAUUCCCAUAUUCCGACGUUCUGUUCAAUUGUAAAUUGAAAACUUGAUGCUAAGUGGAAGUGCUAGGCCACACAUAGACAUCGGCGAGGCCUUCUUUAUUUCCUAGUAAAGAAAAACAUAAGCCGAAUUAUAAAGAGUUUUACUAUGAUGAUGAUGAUGACAAAGAUUAUUUACAAAUAGAAAUUAAAACAUAUUAUCCAUAAAAACUAGUCUCCAAGCUUUUCGGAUGCUUUUUCGUACCGUUUGCGCUAUUGGGGUUCUUGUGUGAAUCGCAUUCCUUUUCAUUGGACGAACAAUCUAAUUCACUAGCUGAUCCGUAAUCACUAUAUACUUCAAUAUCUUGUUCUUAUAGGUCGCGUGGACGUAGCUAAAUAUAAACUGAACGGUUUCUAUUUCCUCUACGUGAUCCUGAGUGUUAGUAUCUGCUCAAAAUCUCUUCCAAAUCUUCAUCAGUAAGAUAAUCGCUAGAAGAAAGCAUAGUUUUACAAUUAAUGAGAUGUAUGGUACUUAUUUUUCCUGAAAUUCUUUUUCUAAAGUGUAUAAAAUAGUUUAUGCACCUUAAGAUUGCAGCGGUUUUAAUCUGUCGACAAACUGUAGCCCCUCAUGGUCUGGCCAUAAAUUAUGUCUCAGUAUUAUAAGUAUCAAUAUCAGGUGUAUAAUGUAAAUAUUUUAAUUGUUGUGGUAAAUAUUUAUUUAUUCUUUAGCUACCAACUUCUUUUCAAAUGAUAAAAUUUAACCUGGAAAAAAUUAAACGACUGUAAUCUCGUAAUUUCAAAAACUGAAUAAAAAAGAAGAAAUGAAAGUAAUUUUUUGAGUAAUCUAAAUAAAAUCUUAAUUAGAAACCAUUCUUCUUGAUGUCAAUGUUUUUUGGGACUAACUGGCUCUGUUUUUUCCGUUGAUAGAUGUUAUAUAGCUUAUAGUCGUUAUCAUAUGAUCUAUCCAUUACAUUCCGAAAUAGCACAAAAAACAUUCAUAUUUAUAAAAUGAAUGUUAUCGUUUUUCAAUUCUUUUAGUGAUUAAAUUUCUCUACGAGCCAUUGUAGUUGAUUAUCGAUUAAUUUAUUUACAAUUAUAUAAACAGUUUAAUUUUUAAUUCUAUUUUUUCAUUUAUUAAAUAUAUUUAUGCCUACCUAAAAAUACAUGGUGAAGCCAACUACACAAAGUUUUCCUGGUGCACUCUUAAUUCUCUAUCUCAAAAAUUACUAAACCGAUUUUUAAUUAUAAAAAUGCAACUAAUAGUUUUUGUGAUGCGUGGAUAAACAUUUCGUAAAUUUGGCACAUGUUUAGAAUUUGGUAUUAAUUAUUAAAUACAAACGUUGUGCAAUCCUUUCUUUAGUACCGGCAAAAAGAUUGAAAAAUAGCAAAACAAAAUAAUUGUUCUUAAACAUUUUGAUAAGCGUAUUGUUUGAAUAAUAUCUAUUUCGAGGCUAGCGAAUUUUGUUAAAAUUUGUCAAUCUGCAAUAUUUUCAUUAAACUUUGUUCUCCGUUUAUAUUUUUGAUAAAGUUGUUUAAAUGAAUAUGGUCUUAACGCGACGCAACGUCUUUAAGGGAUCGUGUUAUGUUACUCCAAUUUCGUUUCAUCUUUUAUUUUGUAAUACGCACGUUAGAUGACAAAUGAAUUUUGUAUUUGACAAUUUUUUCAUAAAAAAAAAUAUUUUUGAAAAUAAUAUAAUAGCCAAUAAUAUAUUUUUGUUAACUACAGACUCUCUUUAAAAUUGGAAUCAAAUCAAUCGCUACUGGCUUAUUUGUUAAUUUAUUACAUAUUUUUUUUUCAAAUUGGAAUUAUUCGUUGCGAAGUUCCACUUUCGAACAGAUAUUUUUUGCAAGUAUAUGUAAGGUUUAAGUUAUUUUUAAAUUUGACACAAUCAUUUUUUUUUGGAUACAGUUACUGGCCUCGUUAUAGGGGGUCUUCCUGUAUUUCAUGUGUUUAUCAUACCUAUAAUUAAUGUACUAAAUGAAAUGUUUCAAUAAAAAAUAUAUUGGUUUAAAUUAAAA